UUGUUUCAAAAUGGCGGAAAGUUUAAGACAAGCACCGACACAUUUUUAGUUUCGUUGAAUUGUUUGGAGUUAAAAUCUUGUAUAUAUUUUCAAACUUUUGUGUCAAAUAGUAAAGGAGUCAUGGGAUACACUCAGCUGGAACGUAUUUAAAACACUCACUCAUGGAAAUAAUUCACCAAGCUCUUUUGUGCUGUGAAAUUCACGAUUUUGACAUUUUCGUAUAAAAUCAGAAAAUAAAUAGAUUCACCAUGUCACGAAGAUUCACAAAGGAGGAAUUAGACGAUCAGUUUGAAGCUUUCCUGAAACAGUCUGUUUCGUCAGAUGAGUCAUUUGAGACCUUGCAGAAGAAGUCUGCCAAGAUAGCUGAAGCGAGGAAGAAGAGGGAAGUGAAGCCAUGGUGGCUGGAUGAUGAUGACCAAGACAAGAAACUUGGCUCAGGAUUGACAUCGAGUGGGAAGAGUUUCCUGAAGACAAAGAAGAGUUCAGAUAAAAAGAAAGUAUCUGAGAAGUCAGUGAAAGGUACGAAGGCCGGAGUUGGGAAAGUGAAAGUGAAGUCCAAACAAGAGAAGACAUUCAUGGUGUCCCCAAAACGUGCUGGUCGAGGGAGGACAGAAGCUUCUAUGAGUAAAGACAGUUUGGAAGACAUAUCGGAGAAGUCCGAGGAGAAUGACGCAGGGGAAGCUGCCAGGAUUGUUGGCCUUGAUUCCAGCCUGGACACAACACGAGAGAGUUACACAGCAGAUAUGUUAACUGACCGACAAGACAGCCCAGAAAAACUUGGCAUGGACACCCUUGAUGAACUAGCAGAUAAACAGAGGUUCUAUAAUGAGGUAGAGACUGAUGGUACAAUAGAUUACGGACAACUGAACCGUGAUCUGAGUCAAACAGCAACAACACUGUCCCCAAAGUUAGCUGGUGUUCAAGUGGAUGACUCUCGCAAUACAGCCAUGCACGAUAACUCCAGGGUGUCUGGUAGCCAGGGAGGUCCAACAGAGAGGGACUCAUCACAACAAAAGCCCAGUAUGCUGUCCAAAGUUUCGCUUCUUGACUCCCUUGACUCCACCCUCAACACCACCACCUCUCCAAAGGCCAGCGUGCCAUUUGAUGGCAGCAAGGAUGGUAACCAUGACAACCUGGGUCAGACAUUUCCUGACACGCUGAAGACACGGACAGGCACCGGUAUAAUGGGCACCAACACCAGCAGAGAGAUGGAGGCCCUUCAGGAAGCGCUGCGAGAGGUAGGAAUGUCUCCCACCAUCAAACAAGACGACCCGCUUACCGGCAUCCUGGGACAAGGCUCUUACUCUGGGAUCCUGGAACAUGACUCUCACGCCAGGAACCUGGCAGACCAGGUUGAAACAAGGCAGCAGCAGGAGGGGAGAUCAGACCGGACAGUGGAUGAUAUUUUUCGGGAGAUGGGUGAGCUGGAGAAACAAGUCAAGGAGAAGGAGCACAGAGACGAUGAUGUCCGACUUAUGAGUGACUACCGUAGUCAUAGCUCUGGGAGCCCCAACAGUCAGGGGAAAGGUGAGUACAGAGACGAUGAUGUCCGACUUAUGAGUGACUACCGUAGUCAUAGCUCUGGGAGCCCCAACAGUCAGGGGAAAGGUGAGGACAGAGACAGUGAUGUCCGACUUAUGAGUGACUACCGUGAGGUCAGCUCUGAGCCCCAACAGUCAGGGGAAAGUCAUAGCUCUGGGAGCCCCAACAGUCAGGGGAAAGGUGAGGACAGAGACAGUGAUGUCCGACUUAUGAGUGACUACCGUAGUCAUAGCUCUGGGAGCCCCAACAGUCAGGGGAAAGGUGAGGACAGAGACGAUGAUGUCCGACUUAUGAGUGACUACCGUAGUCAUAGCUCUGGGAGCCCCAACAGUCAGGCGAAAGGUGAGGACAGAGACGAUGAUGUCCGACUUAUGAGUGACUACUGGAGUCAUAGUUCUGGGAGCCCCAACAGUCAGGGGAAAGGUGAGGACAGAGACGAUGAUGUCCGACUUAUGAGUGACUACCGUAGUCAUAGUUCUCGGAGCCCCAACAGUCAGGGGAAAGGUGAGGACAGAGGGGAGGAUGUCCGACUUAUGAGUGACUACCGUAGUCAUAGCUCUGGGAGCCCCAACAGUCAGAGGAAAGGUGAGGACAGAGACGAUGAUGUCCGACUUAUGAGUGACUACCGUAGUCAUAGCUCUGGGAGCCCCAACAGUCAGGGGAAAGGUCUAUCACGUCGACAGACUACGGAGGAGGAUACCAGACAAGGAGGCUUCGACCACUCCCACACUGACGACACAGAGGUGUAUCAGCCUGUCACUGCUGUUGGACCGAGGGGCCGAAGUAUCCAACGCCUGUAUUCUGUGCAGGAGAAAACAGAUGGCCCCAGUGGUGACUUCAAUUCCAGGACAACUGAGGUUAAAGGUAAGAAGUCUCGAUCCAGAUUUUCCCACAUCCAGAGUUCAGGCUAUGGAAAACGUUCCACCAGCCGUUCACCUUCACGUUCACCGUCAAGGUCACCUGGCAAACCAACAAGACCUGGCAGCAAGACCUGGUCCCCAGCAGACGUCAGCAGACACAAGUCAGGCACCCAGUCUCCAAGGACUGCUCGCCACAAUCUCCAAGGGAAAGUGCCCGAGACGCGUCUGCUGCAGUCUGUUGAGUCCUUUGCAAGUUACAUACGAGACCAUUUUACAGGGAAAGGAGUCCCAGAGGUGAAGUACUCGUCCGACGAGCCUUCAGUGUCAGCCAGUUUGCGGGUAGAGAAGACAUCCAGUGUGGAGCGGCAGCUGCAGCAGGAGCUGGAUGAGGAGAGGAAGAAACUGGCACAGCUGCAGGGUGAGAUGCGGACACUGCAGCAGGGGCAUCAAGAGGAGAUGGACCAGAUCAAGGUGGAACACGAGCAGGAGAUGUUCAAACUGAAGCAGGAAAACUUUGUCCUGGCUGCCAAGCUAAAUGAGGGUGAUGGGGAGAGCACUGCCAGGAAGAAGCUGAGUGAAGUAUUGAGUGGUGAUGCUGUUACGAGGGAGCAACUGACCAUGUUGGAGCGGGAGAUCAAGGACCAGGAGUCUCUCAUAGCGGGCUUCCAGACAGAGAACCAGCGACUGUAUGGCGAGAUGAAGGCUCUCCGUGCUAACACACGCUCAGCAGAGGAGAAAAUGUUCUCAGAGAAUCAGAGACUUAUCACGGAGGUCACCAAUCUAAAAUCCCAGCUUGAGCAGAAGGACCUUGCAUUGAGGAACAAAGGCAUCAUUACAAGUCUCGCAGCACAGCAGCAGAUAGCUGCUGGCAAUGCAGAUGCCAAGCUCGGUGCCAACAAGCUUGUCCAGCUACAGGCUGAACUGACGGAGGCUAAGAGGCAGAGUGAAAUGCAGCAGAGGGAGAUGAAGGUGUUGAAGCAGACCAAGCAGGAGCUGGACCACCACAUUCACCAGUUGGUGCGGGAACGGGAAGAUCUCAGUCGUGACCUCGACGCUGCAAAGAAGAUCACCCCAGAACAGGCAAGGUUGAAGAGGAAGCUGAAGUGGUAUGCAGAGAACCAGGAGCUGCUGGACAAGGGAGCGGCAAGCAUGAAGAAGAAAGAGGAAGAGAUCAGGCAGCUCAAGCUGAGACUGGAAGGGCUCACAACAGAGACUGGGCGCAAGUUAGAGGAGAACAAGCUGAGAGCCAGAGAGCGAGCCUCUGAUGCCAAGAAGAUUCAGGACCUCCAGAGACAGGUGAAGGAGAUGGAGCAGAUCAUCCGACGCCGCCACCCCAACUCCCUCCCUGCCCUGAUGAUGGCGGCAGCUGCAAGCGUGGGUGAGGAACAGGCUCCCCCUGUGAAGUCAGCGAGUGUCACAGUGCUGGAGAAGCGCAUCAAGAAGCUGGAGGAGGAGCUGGCCAGCAAGGACGAAGCCUCCAACACCCUGCUGCGGGCCAUGGAGCAGAAGUACAACAACAUCAAGUACAAGUUUGAGUCAAGAGUGUCUGACCUGGAGAAGCAGCUGUCCAUCUAUCAGCGAGUGGAUGGAACAAACGGUGAUCUUCCCAUCACCCACGCUGCUGCGAUGGAGUUGGAGCUGAAGGAGGUGCGACAACGGUAUACACGACAGGUAGCCGAGCUGCAGGCACAGGUGGAUCGUCUCACCGGGGAGCUGACCAAGAUCAACAAGAACCAAACGACAUCCCUCGACCCCCCUGAGUCUGAACUCAACCAGCAGGUGGCCCUGCUGCAACAGGAACUGGAUGAGAAGAAGCAUGACCUCCAUGUCCUCCACACAUCCCUGGAGAAACUCCGCAAGGAAAAGAAUGGUGAUACCACAAAGAAGUCCAAAACUAAGGGCAAGGGUACCAGGAAGAAGCUGAGCCCACCUGAGUCACAGUUUGAUAGCUUCCCGCCAUCUGUGGACAGGAGCUAUGAACCCCACACGUUCGCAGACUCGGACAUCACACAAGUCUUGCAUGAAAACCAAGAUCUGAGAACUACAGUGGAGAGACUACAGCUGGAACUAGACCAGCAGAGAGUGGAUCUCCGUAAGUCUCUAGCAGAGACCGAGGCUGUGGCCCGUAAACACAGUGAGGACUACCAAGAUCAGAUUGACAGUCUGCGGUUGUCCCACCAGCAAGAGAUGCAGAGAGUCCUCAGUGACCAGGUAUUUCAGCACUCCUCCUCCAAAUUGGCUCAGCUACACAGCAAGUGUGACAGUCAGGAGGUGAUGAUCCAACACCUACAGCAGCAGCUGGCCAAGUCAGAGGUUGAUGCUGAGCAGAUAUCCAUCCUCAAGAUUCGAGAGGCUUCCAAACAGAAUCAGAUAGAGAAGCUCCAGGAUCUGCUUCAAGAGGCCAAGAAGAGUCACUCACCUGAGAUGCGUCAUUUUGAGUCCCUGCAGGAAAAGAUUAUUCAGAUGGAAAAUCGCCACGAGCAACGAGAGUCUGAGCUGAAACAGAUCAUAGCCAACACACAAAGAGUUGCCUCCCUUGAGCUUGGUCAGGAAGAAGAAAAAUGGAAGAAGAUUGUUGAACUGAAAAACAAAGAGAUUGAGAAGUUUCGGGCAGAGCUGGACUCAAUAUUGGACGUUCUGCGUCUCCUACAGAAACAGGGUGUCAUGUUACCUGUCAGCUCCAUCCACUCAUGACAUCCACAGACAAGUCAUGACAUUAGCUCAGGGUUUGAUGACAAGGUGUUCUGAGGAAUACCAGACUUUAAUCUGUGAUAACAGGUGCAACACAUAAUCUCAGGCAGCCAUGGUACGCAGUCAGUUCAGUACCAUGGAAGGGAGAUAAUCAUACCUCUUGCUGUUACCAGCUGAAUGAAAUUCUGACUCUCAAAGUGCUGCAGUAGCUGGUAGGGACUUGCCACACUGCUUGUAUCAACAGACAGCAGUGUGUUAGAUGUCUUCAGUGAGAAACUGCGAGUGAAUGAUGAUUAACACCAAGUCAAGGAUAGUACCUAUAUCAUGGUGGCAUGGGGUUUUGAGAUCUCCCAUUGUAUGAGGGGCGGAGGGGUACCUUAGUGGUUAAAGCCUUCACUCGUCACACAGAAAACCCGGGUUCGAUUCCCCACAUAGGUACAAUGUGUGAAGCCCAAUUCUGAUGUCCCCUGCAGUGAUAUUGCUGGAAUAUUGCUAAAAGCGGUGUGUGAAACUAAACUCACUCACUCCCAUUGUAUGAAAACCAUGUCACAUGAUGUUAUAACAGCAGGACGGUCAGUGGCUGGGUACACAGACUGGGUGGUAGAUGAUAUAUAUUGCUGCUUACCAACCAGUCCAAAGUUAAUGGUAUUGAUACCAUAAGACAAGUCUUUACAAUGAUAAGGCAGUUGAUCCUGAUUAGCCAAACUCAGUAUGUAUAUUACUAAUAUAUAUUAUGUAUUAUAUAUAGAACUAUAUUUAUUUUGUUAUAAUAAGCAUUUAUAAAGUAAACAUGAAAACCUA